CUGGGGGGCGCUGUGGCGCUCAGUGGUUGACAGCUUAGCACCAAUUUAAACCACAGAGCCUAAUGGAAUAUGGGUAUGGGACGGAGUUAGCCGGAGAAGAAACAAGAAAAUGACGCCAACCGUUAAGAAAUCCUCACAAGAUGCACAUCAUAUCAGUAACGGUUUGAAAGAAAACGAUACCGGCUGCCCGAAUGGGUCGGAAACCGAGGACGAACCUUUGCUCAGAGAAAACCCCAGACGGUUUGUCAUCUUCCCCAUCCAGUACCCAGAUAUCUGGAAAAUGUACAAACAGGCCCAGGCUUCCUUCUGGACGGUGGAAGAGGUUGAUUUAUCCAAAGACUUAGUGCACUGGGAUCGCUUAAAGCCUGAUGAAAAACACUUUAUCUCCAAUGUUUUAGCCUUCUUUGCUGCAAGCGAUGGCAUAGUCAACGAGAACCUGGUGCAGCGGUUUAGCCUGGAGGUUCAGGUCCCUGAAGCACGUUCCUUCUACAGCUUCCAGAUCCUCAUCGAGACCGUUCACUCAGAGAUGUACAGUUUGCUCAUCAACACUUACAUCAGGGACCUGAAGGAGAGGGACUAUUUGUUCAAUGCCAUUCAGACCAUGCCCUGCGUGAAAAGAAAAGCUGACUGGGCGCUCGAAUGGAUUAACGACAACAAAUCAACAUUCGGAGAGCGACUGGUGGCUUUUGCGGCUGUGGAGGGCAUCUUCUUCUCUGGGUCAUUUGCUGCCAUCUACUGGCUCAAGAAGAGAGGACUCCUGCCCGGUCUAACCUACUCCAAUGAGCUGAUCAGCAGGGAUGAGGGUUUGCACUGUAACUUUGCCUGCCUGCUGUACAGCUACCUGGUGAAAAAGCCGUCAGAGGACCGGGUCAGGGGGAUCAUAACUAAGGCCGUCUGCAUCGAACAGGAGUUUCUCACGGAGGCCUUGCCGGUCGAUCUCAUUGGAAUGAACUGCUGCCUCAUGAAGCAGUACAUUGAGUUUGUGGCUGACCGGCUGCUCGCCGAUCUUGACCUGGACAAGGUUUACAAAGUGGAAAACCCAUUUGACUUUAUGGAGUCAAUCUCGCUUGAAGGGAAAACCAACUUCUUUGAGAAAAGAGUAGCAGAAUAUCAGAGAUUUGGGGUGAUGUCGAAUAUGUUGGACGGGGAAUUCACUCUUGAUGCAGACUUUUAAAACACAGAAGACACUUCAAUAGGUAUUUCUUCAUUUUAAAAGGGUUGCUUUUGUUCCUCAACAUUCGUGAACAAGUCCCAACUCAACUUUUCCAACUGCAAAAGUCAGAGUUUUCAGUUUAUUUUUGUUAGUGACAUACUACACUGUUAAUAAAAUGUCAAACACAUUUUUAUGUGUUAAGAGAAUAAAGUUUUUCAGCGCUUAC